GAACGUGCCUGCUUUGUCAGUCUUAAUCCUGGCAAAGUUGAAACAAUGGAGGCACUGGCCUCUUAUCCGCUGCCCGAUGGCUCCACUCUGGAGAUUGGUCCUGCCCGGUUUCGUGCACCAGAAUUACUUUUCCGGCCAGAUUUGAUCGGUGAGGAGUGCUUUGGAAUCCAUCAGGUGAGCAAGCUUUUCUCCUAA